AUGGAUGUCAAAAAUGCUUUUCUACAAGGAGAGUUAGAAGAUGAGGUCUACAUGAGACCACCACCUGGUUUUGUCAAGUCUGAAGCUGAUCAUACCCUAUUCACUCUCACUAGCCAGCAAGGAAUCAUUGUCAUUCUCAUCUAUGUUGAUGAUAUUAUCAUCACAGGCAGUGACAAAGAAGGGAUCAUCUCGACCAAUGCGUUCCUUAAGGCUUCAUUUGAUAUCAAAGACUUGGGAGAGCUCAAAUACUUCCUAGGGAUCGAGAUGUGUAGGUCUAAGGAAGGGUUGUUUCUAUCUCAAAGGAAAUACACCCUUGACUUACUACAGGAGGCUGGAAAUCUCGGUGGAAGAGCUGCCAGAACACCUCUAGAGGAAGGAUACAAAGUGAUGCGUGAGGGGAAGAUUGAAGACAAGUCAUAUGAAGAUGUAAAGCACUAUAGGAGAAUGGUGGGAAAACUCAUUUAUCUUACCAUUACCCGACCAAAUGUAUGCUUUGCAGUAAACCAAGUAAGCCAACACAUGCAAGCUCCCAAGGCUGCUAUACACAUUGCUAGCAACUCAGUCUUCCAUGUAAAGACCAAACAUAUAGAGGUAGACUGCCACAAAGUGAGACAAGCUGUGGAGCAGAAGAUCAUAUUGUCGUGCUACACAAGGAGUGAAGAUCAACUAGCUGAUAUCUUCACCAAGGCAGCAAGCACUAAGAUGGAAUGGAUUAUUGAACUGGUUGGUAAUGAGAGGUUUGUGGCUGAGGUUCCUUAG